AUGCCCCCACUCAAACAAAACACGUUCUUGGUCUUGCCCAACGCCCCGCCAAAUCCAUUUACCCAUGGAGCGCCACCAGUGGUUGAGAGCCUGCCAGGGCAGCCUAUCAUGACCUCUAAACAGGCUCGAAAGAGUUACAAUGAGAGAACAAGAGGUCAGAAGCGCUCAAAGGCAGAACAGCGUGAAUGGGAGCGCGCCGAGCAGGAGCGCAUCCGUAAGGAAUUGGAAAAGGAGCAAAAUGCCACCAAGGCCCGCGCCGCCAGGGAGAGGAAAAAGGCCAAGGAUCAGGCAGUCCUAGAACAGAAGAAGAAGCAGGGUCUUCCGCUAGUAAGCGUACGCCCCAGCCAGGACACCAUUGCGAGGUUCGUCCGGAAGGGCAAUAAGCGUGAGAGAGAGCCAGAGCAGGCGAUGCCAGAGUCGAGACAAGAUGGUGAGGAAGAAGUCCAUGAGGCGGGUAAUGAUUCCAAAUCUCCUAGCGGAACUCAUAAGCGACCACGUCUGAGUAUCAUUGAAGAACUGGAUGUUGAGGAGGGUCAUGCCGAUCCCUCAUCAAUCAGCCCAAGUAUUGAAAGGAUACUACAUUCAGCGUCUAAAGCUCCGGAAUUUGAUUCCAAUUCAGAGCGAUUACUAAACUGCCAGGAGGCUGCUCAACUCAUCAUUGCAGGGCCUGCAACUAUUUCAGUGCCAUCUCCACAACAUACAUCACAAGCCGCAGAGAUCUUGAAGGAACCUACUCGGGCGAGCGAAUCAGUGGUCGAUACUAUUCUGCUCCCCGAUACUGGUAUUAAACCUACUAUGAAGGCUUCGCCGAACAAGGAUCGGAUUGUGUCUCAAGACAAAUCGACUUUGCCGAAUAGAGCACACAUAGCAGGUAUCGACAGGACACCUCAGAAUAAAGCAUCAUUGCUUGUUCCGAUGGAUGAAACUGUCGAGCAUUCAUCUCACCCAGUAAAACCAGCUGCCGCUGCUCUAUCAAUCAAUAAAACGACAUGCGUACCGCCCACGCCCAAUCUGGGUCAUUCCGCAUUUUCUGUCCGUGAAAAGUCAAGACCUUCAAAGCUGAAGUUCUCGACUGCUAGCAAUAUCAACCACAAGGCUUCCACGUCUGCACCUGUUCCCAAGGCCAAACAAAUAUCGAUGGCACCACCACCAGUUCCGCCAUCCCGAAAACCAUUAGGGCAAGUCCCUCGGGACGUUGCCGUGAAGCAGUCCCAGGCCAGCUCCAAGCCUGGAUGUCCAAUCCCCAGUCCAAUAGCAAAAGUCACGACAGGCCCAUAUCUACAACCGCAAGCACAACCAGAGCCUAUGCCACCAAGCAGUACUCAGAAUUUUCUGGAAACCUACUUCCUGGAUGUAUUGCCGACUCCGUCUCAGGAAGAAAGGGAGCUCUGUGGCGAUGAGAACACCAAGCCAGGACUCAUGGGUCCUCCUCCAAAGCCCGUGCAUCAUAAUCUGACUGCGAUGAACCCUCGGUCGAGAUCCUUUCAGGACUAUGCGACUCCCAAAAUACCACCAACCAAUGAUCCCAGUCUCAAAAACCCAAAGCAAAAAUUUGCGCCGCCCCCGGUGCCUCGCUGGACACAUGGGCAUGGCCCACAAACUCGGGUUGGCCAGACAAACGUGAGACCUCACGUCAACACAAAUAGACCAUCGAAUUAUCUACCGUCAGUGGCCAAAGUGCAGCAGAAAGCGCAGCAGCCAGCUGUAGCAGAUCUGGAUUUUCUCUCGACUCAGGACGUCAUGCUAUCAACGCAAGAUGUGCUGGAAGUUGAGGAGUCUACUAUCAGUGUUCCCAAAAAGGUCGCCCAUACAGGAGCACCAAGAUUUCUCAGGCAACACACAACGGCGAAAGCCGAUAACAAACUGACAUCAGCGCCGUUGAAUCCGAAGUCAGCAAGUGUAUCAACAUCGCUAACCAAGAGCAAAGAAGUAUCUUCCACUAGACCCUCGGCUCUAUUUUCGCAGUCCAGGGCCAGCCAAUCACGCCGGGAUCCCAAAAUGAGCAUUGAGGACCUUUUUGAUUCACACGACCACAAAACUUCUUUGGCAAAGAACAGUCGGCCUCGCAACUCGCAAUUCAUAUCGGUGGUGCGCUCUCAAGAACCCACGGGCGCCCUAGGUGGACAGCAUGUGCCAGAUCAGCCCCAACCCCUAGAGCAAUCUGCUCUAUCACAGUCUGCCCAGCAGGAACCAUCUUCAAUCCCAUCGGCGGGGGCGGACGACAAGGCUCCCAGAGCUACCAACGGCUCUUCAGAUUCGGAGGCUCCGGACUCGCAAGGGCGGCCACGGUACUUCACAUCUAGUUGCACCAACAUUCGCAUAGGACUGGCAACUUUAGAGAGUAUGCGAACUUUUGAGGCAGAACAGCGCAAACGAGAAGAGCAGUCGAAAAAGCGAGAGGCCAGAGCCUUGCUCGCCAAAGAGAAGCAGCAGGCUGCAGAGCAAAAGUUGCGCGCCGAUACAGCGUUGCCGGCAGCGACGUCCCUUGAUCCCGAACGAACAGCGACUGGUUCACACAGAGAUAUAAAUAGAAACAUACCUGAUUCGGCAGGCGUGGUCGAACAACAAGACGAGCUUGAUGAAUUUGCCAAUGACUUAAUUUUCACCCUUAGUCAGGAAGAAAUCGAGAUCGGCGGAAGAGGGGCUCCUCUUAACAGCCAGACAUUGAGAAGCCUUCCGCCAGGACCAAAACCACUACUGUCAUCAACACAAGAGACAGAUUAUGGUGAUCUUGAUAUUGGCGAAAGUUUGGCUAUAUUGGAGGCCGAAAAUUUGUAG